AUGCCUGCCGCCAAGAGGUGCCACGGCGGCGUCUGUAUGGGCUGCCUCGUGGACCCCGUCGCGAAGCUGUGGACUUCGGAGCCGAACAUGGUGCGGUGGGACGAGGCGCGCGGAGGAUACCCGGCUCCCCCUUCCAGGACCGCUGCGGGCGCCGUCAUUUUUGCGGGCUCCUUCAACCCCCCGCACCACGGCCACGCCGAGGUGAUGCGCUAUCUGGCAGGGGCGCACGAGUCUGUGCACGUGGUCGUCGGGGUGAACCCGAGCAAGGUGUACCUGAUCAGCGCGGAGGACAGGAAGGCCAUCCUGGAGGGCAUCGCUCGCGGCAUCGGCGCGCAGAACGUGAGGGUGCACGUCUGGGGGGGGGCCAUCUUCAGGCUCGCGAGGCAGCUGGGCGCUCGCGCCUUCUACCGGGGGAUUCGCUCCUGGGAGGAGGACGGCAAGGCAGAGAGGCACCUCGAGGUCCAGAACCUGUGCUGGCCCCCCCUCGCCUCCUGCAUGGCCCCCAUGCCGACCUACUACGUGCAGGGCCCCCCGCAGUACAACGGGGUCAGCUCCACCCUGCUGCGCGAGCGGCUGGCUGCCGGCGAACGUAUCGACGAUCUGGUGCCGGCAGGAGUGGCAGAGCAGGUCCGCACCGUGUUCGCGAGAUCCUGUUGA